UUACCCUUGGAAAUGAAAUUGAAAUCCAACAUGCAAUGCCACCACCCACCCCAAACGUCCGCCGUCAUCGUCAUUUUUGUCGUUUUCGUUCCGCGUUCUAUAUUAUACUAUAGCCAUCAGAUGCCACCGCAUAUCGGAGGAGUCUCUAGCGAAAGGUUAAGCUUUCUCUUCAAAUCAGUUGUCUUCCGAUGUAAGUGUAGCCCGCUAGCAUUCACGGAAGGUGAUAUACCUAUUUCAAUCACGAAGUAAUAUCCUUUUCAGUGCUUGAAAGAAAAACAAAAAUAAAUAAAUAAAAUCAAAGAAAAGUGAAAGUACCUUUAGGUAUAUUAAAUUUCCCGAAAAAAUUUCAAGUCUAUACCUAUGCCAAGCUCAAAAUAAUAUUGAAAUAAAAGUCCUUUAUUGAUGAUUACUGAAAACAAAAAUGAAAAAUAAAAAAAGAAAAUCAAAAAUAAAUUAUUGAAGUUGUUCUUUUUUAACUUCCCCGACCACAAAAUAAAAGUUCCCUGAAAAGCCCGCCUCGGUUUUUGUGUGAAGUGGCCUGGAUAUAUGUACAACAGUUUGAAAAUAUCAAAAGCAGAAGAAAAAUAGAGGCAAAAUAGUGUCAGUGAAACUGUUUGACAGCAAAAUGGCCUCAUCAUACCUUAUCGGCGAGGACUAUAGCAGCAAUGGGGAGGACGAAGAUGAUAUGACGGCGGAGUCACCACUUCUGCGGAAUCAAGACAAAACUGAAUCAUUGCCCACCUCCGUAACAAACAUAUCAACGCCACUUCUCGCUCCCAUAGCGAUACCUGAAUCGUUGUCUUCAUCUCCCGCGAAUGUGAGAAACGAAGCACGAAUUCUUAAUAUUAACAACAACAACAAUAACAAUAAUUCAUCAAGUCGAAAUAUAAACUAUAACAAUAAUUGCAGAAGAAGAAGUUCAACAUCAUCAGUUACCCGAUUAGAUUCCUCCGACGGUACUAAUACCACCGCCACAGCCGCUAUUUAUGACGCUACAUCAACUACACAAUCCCUAAACAAUACACCCACUCACAAACAAAACCCCUACCCAGUGGAUUCUUUUGCGCUUAUCGAAGGAAAACCACCUAAAGUUGUUACUAAAAUGCAAUCAAAAGUCGAUGCUGUUGGGAAGAUAACAGGCGAAUGGGGCAAAUGGCAACUACGAACGGUUCUACUGAUCUUCCUUUGUAAAAUACCCUCAUCAUGGUUUAUGGCAUGUAUCAUCUUCACAGCUCCAGCACCACGUCAUGGUGAAUUCUAUUGUAAGCCACCAGAUUCCUUAAGUCCGCGAAACCACACAAAAUGGAUUAAAGUGUCACAUCCGACUUUAGAAGAAGUUGAAGAUCAUGAGUUUAAUAUAGACUUUUGUAAUGUUUAUCAAGAUGCCUUGGAUCAUGCUCAUCAAUACUAUCAUUAUCAACAUCCAGAUAUGGAACCUAGAUUAUGGGAUGAGCCUUCAUCGAAGAACGCUACCGUUAUUCCUUGCAAAGCCUUCGAGCAUAAAUCCGACUAUCCGUCAUUGAUAACACAGUUCGAUUUAGUAUGCUCACGUGAUAUUUUGGUUGCUGUCACGCAAUUCUUCCAUUUGUUUGGCGUUCUAACGGGUGGCUUAUUGGCCACCCAUUUACUUAAGUACUUUAGUCCUCGAAAUGUAAUGCUCUUCGGAAUGAUUACACAAAUUAUUUGUGGUAAUUUAACAGGUCACGUUUCUUCUUAUGAAUUACAUGUGUUCUUUCGCUGCCUUUCAGCUGUUUGCUGUUGUCAAAUGUAUACCGCUGGUGCUAUGAUUUUCAUGGACAUUACUGCUGGGACGUAUCGAACUGUAGUUUGUACACUUUUUGAGCAAUUUUGGUCGGUCGGAGUUAUAAUGCUGCCAGGGGUUGCUAGCUUUUCAAAAAGCUGGACAUAUCUCUAUAUGGCGAUAUCAUGGCCAACUGUCAUAUUAAUUUAUUUAUGGAGGUGGAUUCCCGACUCUCCUCGUUGGAUGAUACAAAGAGGUCGCGUUCUAGAAGCUAAAACUAUUCUACAAGAUUGCAUUGAAAUGAAUGGCACAAGAUACUGUCUUCCACAUGAUAUUGACCAGCAGCUACAACUCCAAGCCAUCACAAGUAUGGAACAAGACCCGCCAUCGGGUUGGUGGUCCCUAUGGAAAGGUCCCCAUGCUAUUCGCCAUAUGAUCUGUGUCCAUCUAUGUUGGUCCUUAUACAUUGUAGUCUAUUAUGGCAUGUUGCUCAACAUACGUUCAUUUAGUCGAGAACAUCUGGAGAUUAACACAAUAAUCGCAGGUUGUGCAGAAAUAUGUGGAACUUUUAUUGGAUUGUUCCUAAUUUUAACAACAAGCAAAAAGUGGCAAUGCACUGGUGCAUUUAAUAUUAUCGCUGGAAUGAUUGCCUUGUCAGCUUGGCUAAUUCCUGAUAGCAUUAAAGGUAACCCUCGCAUAGCCCUCUUAAUGAUGUCUGCUAUGAUAUCCAAAGCUGCAAUCUCGUGUACGCUCUCAAUUCUCACAACAUGCACAACCGAAUUAGUCACUGAGGAUAAAAAGAAGAUCUGUGCUUUUUCGACAAUAGUUUGGGCAAGAAUAUGGCUCUUAACUGCGCCAUUUGUUGGAGCAACUGUUAUUUUCGGGCAGCUUGUGCCACAAACGGCAUUUGCCUCAUUUACAAUUAUUGGUGGAGUUUUAUCCACUCUUAUUUCUAGUCCACGUACAAUAAGCAAACAAAAGACAACACUUACAUCGACGACAAUAAUAAAUGACACAAAGUGUCAUCAGUCGUCAAAUAUUAAUAAUAAUAAUAACAAUAAUAAUAAUAAUCAAGCGUUUAGCAAAAAAUCCAAUCUACCUCCGGAACUAAUACCUGGCAUCUGGACGACGAAAAACCAUGAUGAACAUCAACAAGUGUGAUAAAAGUUCUUGAUGUGUUUUUAUAUUUUAUUUUUGUAUCUUUAACUAUUUUAAUCCAUAAUCAAUAGGUUUCAAAAACCUGUAUGAACUAUAAACUUUAAACAAAAACUCACUAAAGCAUUGUACAUUUUUCUACUCAAUAUUUACAAAUGUAUUUUAUUUAAAAAAAAUACGCACAAGCACUCUUACAAACAUGUAGCUGCUUAAAAGAAUCUUUUAUGUAAAUAAAUAAGUUAAUUUCAAAGCAAUAAGCAAAAGUUUAAAGUUUUAAAAUUGUGCUUAUCCUGUUAAAAAUAAAAACUUACCUAUAAUUUUAAUAAUUUAUUUAAAAAAAAAACACAAACACACAAAA